AUGGACCACGGACUACCAGUCUGGGAUCCGAGACAAGACGACAAUAAGUCCGUGCACGGCGUGGCUAUUCAUGUUACCAAACAUUCUGAGGCAUUAUCAGUUUCCUCACAGAAGAAAUCACUAAAGAGGGCACUGGUGUCCAAAGUGAAACUAGACUUAGCAAGAGCUAGGCCAAAGGAAGAUGCAGAAGCAGCAAGAGUGGCUCAUGAAUAUAAGCAAAGGAUGGAACUUGAGCGCCUUGAAGAGGAGGCAACAUUGGCUGAGCUUGAAUGGAAAAUUGAAAUGGAUAACUUGACUGAAAGUAAACUCUCCCCUGUUGUAUCUAGCGCCUUGAACACUUCUACGUUUAUUGUUAACAAGCAAUCACACUCCACCCCAGUCACGUCUGAGUAUGUUACUAGAGACGGGUUUAACAGUCAACCGAGUGCCGUGUACGUGAUAUCCAAUGGAGCACCUCAAUCAACGGAGCCAAAUUAUCCAGCAAUUUCAAGACCGUCAGACACUGAUUUGACCCAAAAUGAAUCGCCUGUGAAGGGAUUAAGCACCACCACUCCCUCUGCGGGGAUUAACUAGACCCAGUACCCUGAACGUGUUGACUUCGGGAGGUAGCACACCGUCUCCAGCAUGGACCAGGCUCCUCGUGAUCAUGUUGCCGCAAUGUGGAAAGCCCAAUUGCUUAGCGGAAUAAAGCCGACACAGUUCAGUGGGAAUCCAGCCGAGUUCCCCUUUUUUCGUGAACAAGUUCGUACGCACCUCGAAAGCGACCUGCUUACUGAUGCCCAGCAAGUGGAGUAUCUGCCUAAAUACGUGGCGGGAGAAGCGUUAGAGGUUGUGAAGAUUAAUAGAGGUUGUACGUUUAACGAGUUUAUGAAAACGUUGGAGGAACGUUUUGGCCAAGCGGUGAGAGUGACGCAAGCUUGUGUGGAAGAGCUCGCAUCUGGCCCCAAGUUGGCGUACGGCGCCAAUAUUGGUCUUCUCAAUUUCUCUGAGAACUUAAAUGCAGCCACAAGGAUCCUCAAGGGAGGCGUUGAACGCGAGGCGAGCGUAGCGACGAACCUCAGGCGCAUUGUGAACCGUUUAACUAACGACUUAAUCUUGAAGUGGCAAACCGUGAACUACGAGUUCGUGAAGUCCGGAAGAUCUGCUCGAUUAAAGAAAUGACCCGGUGCUUGGGUUGCAGACAUUUAAGCGGGAAAAUAAGAAUACCAAACUCCCUCCAAAGUUUCCAGUAAAGAGCACCACAAUCAAUACUACCAGCGUUGAUCAUAAAACUCCUGCUUCUGAGAGCACUGAACACUGCGGAAUUUGCAAAACAAGUAAGCGUCACAAACUCCAAGAAUGCCCUAUUAUCAAACAAUGCGAACACGUGGCAGUGUGAAGUCAGUAUGCGGCAACCUGUGGAUUUUGUUUUAAUUGUGGUCUUAAAAAGCCCGGACACGGUUCUGGCUCCUGUCCUGAGCCUCCGGCAUGUUCAGUAUGUUCCGGUCGACACAUUCCUCUUCUACACUCUGAAAGUAAUUAUGGUGGUCGUCGCUUCAUCCCACGGAAUAAUAGAGUCUAAUGAUAAGUCUGACAAGCCACUGGCGACGCCUAAAUCCCCAAAGAGCGAAAGGGGAAAUGCCACUGACUCCAACCGCGAGCGGAGCCAAGUCUGACAAGUCUGUAAGAAAGGUACCAAUAUCGUCCGCUGCCGUUGCGACUGUGCAAGCGAAAGUGCUGUUGAACGUUAUACCUGUUGUUAUAUCUGCUGAGAAUAGUAACAUUCUAUCCACGUAUGCCUUCUUAGACAGCGGCUGCACUGACACCCUCGUUGAACAAGAUUUAGUUGAACACCUUGGUAUUCAAGGAACACCCUUGCAAAUCGGAAUUAACACGAUUUCAAGUAGUGACAAUGUGGUAGAGUCGAAACGUGUGUCCUUUACCUUGACUUCGGUAGAUGGUUCCGGGAAGAGUACUGACGUUUCGGAGGCGUAUGUCCUACCUAACCUCAACCAGUCGCGCUGUACUCUUCCGGAACAGAUUGACACUAUUGAGUACCCGCACUUGCGUGACGUGAAGUUCCCGGAGGUUGACAUGAAGAGAGUCUCUAUACUUGUUGGAAACAAUAUUCCCUAUGCACAUUUACAGAAGAAGUUAGAGUCCCUGAAGAUAAGAAGAAAGGGCUCUAUGGCUGUCGUUAUCCCUUCGGCUGGUGCGUUUGUGGUCCUUAUAGUGCCAAUUGUCGUCAAGGGGUUUCAGCAAACUUUGUCUCGAUUGACCCUGAACCGCGUUUUCUCAUUGAAAAAUUUUGGAAUCUGGAGGAUUAUGGGGCAGUGA